CCAGGAUGCGCUAGUGGCGUAAGCCUAGCAACAAAUGUUUUCAAGUUUUCUGUAGUUUAAAAAUUUCGCAUGAAAUGGAUGAAUUUCAGUCUUCAGAAGAGGUAAAAAUGCUUUGAAACUACAGUGUAAUAUUUUCAUAUAAUAUUAGUUUUGCUAAAAUUUAAUUUUUUGCAAUCUAGACAACGUUUGUGGUCGACGAAGUCAGUAAUAUCAUCAAGGAGGCAAGUGACAAAUAUUUGUUUACAAAUUUGUUGUCUUAUUUAUUUUGCAAUAAAGAUUUAGUUUAUAGAGUUGAUAGCAGGGUAUAAUUUGGUUUCUAUAUAGUCUGUAGAAGGAGCAAUUGGUGGCAACGCUUACCAACAUAAUAAAGUUAAUCAGUGGACUUCAAACGUUGUUGAACAGUGCCUAAAUCAGCUCACAAAAUUGGGAAAACCGUUCAAAUAUAUUGGUUAGUGACUGAUCAAUCCGAAAUUUACAAAAUUGUUCACUAUAAGUAAUGUGAUAUAUUAAAGUAAUAAUUAUAAUGAAAAUUGUCAAAUUAUAAUUGUUGUACUGUCUUGAAAAUUUUUGCAUUUUAUUUUUAGUGACUUGCGUUAUAAUGCAAAAGAAUGGUGCAGGUUUGCACACAGCAAGCUCAUGCUAUUGGGAUAAUGCCACUGAUGGUAAGAUGUAAUGCAGUUUGCAUCUAAACUUGUCCAUUCGCCUUGAUCUACGAUCAUUCCUACCGUAAACACACUCACCCCCUAAUCAACUUUGGAGAUACCCCAUUGUGCGCCUCCACACACCCCGAUAAAUUUUAUUAUUUUGUUCUUUCUAACACCAGAUUAUUUUCUUAAAAAAAAUAACAAGGUGAAAGUUUCAGAAAUAUAAUGAAUUUCACAUUUAUUUUCUUGUAGGCAGUUGCACUGUAAGAUGGGAGAACAAGACGAUGUACUGUAUUGUGAGUGUGUUUGGUCUGUCGAUAUAAUUCCAUCUCGAUUAAACUGCCGACUUAUUUAAUUUUUAUCUGUAUUUUAUUUUUAUUACGAGUUACCAAAGUUAGACCUAGACCAAAUAUCUAGUUUGAUAAAUGUAUAUAUACAGUAAUAUGUAAUAUGUAAUAAAGUACUAUAUUCUGCUGUGCCAUGAAUGAUUUAUUUCUCAAA